UUGUGCUGCUCAACUGCAAUGUGCGAUGAGAGUCUUCAUUACGAUUGUCGCUGACUUCGGAAUGUAACACGAGUUUUCCCUUCACUGUGCACCGUUGUAGUCAAAUGGUGACUCAGUCGCAAAUCGAUUCGGCAGAGUCGCUGAAGGACGCUGGCAAUGACGCUGUGAAACGCGGCGAAUGGGCAGAAGCCGGUGAUUACUAUACAGAAGCCUUGCAAUUGACAAGUGAGGAUGACAAAGCUCUGAGAUCUGCGCUUUAUCGAAAUCGAGCUUUAACGCGACUCAAACGAGAUGAUUUUGAAGGAACAGAAAGCGAUGCUACUAAAGCUUUGGAAUAUGAUGGCGCUGAUGUGAAAGCACUUUAUCGACGAGCACUUGCUCGAGAACAGCUUGAUAAUGUUGCUGCAGCAUUCAAAGAUGCCAAAGAAGCGCUUAGACUCAGUCCUAAAGACAAGUCCAUCGCUGACUUACUGCAACGGCUUGUUGUGGCCAAUAAUGAGAAAGUGAAAAAGGCAACCAGUAUGGACAACAAGGUCAAAGAUAUGACCGGCUUGGCUUUUGAGGGUGGCGCUAAAGAUUUGGAGCAGAAAAAACAGGCUUUCAACAAUCUACUUGUUCUUGCAAGAGAGACCGAGGCAGGUGCUGCGAGAAUAUGGAAUCUGGGUAAAGGAGUUCCAAUGUUACUAUCCGUGGCCGAAAACAAGAACGAGCCGAUGGAGAUUUCUGUUGCUGCUUUGCGGGUUUUAGACGAAACUUUGAAGAACCAUGGACGGGCUUUAUACUUCUUGUCAAUGCAUCACGACGAUGGAAUGCACUCAGCGAGGCGCGUUUGCCGUCUAAUGUGUUCGAGAGAUUCAAAGGAGUUCGUGGAUGCAGCUGGCCUAAUUGUACAAAGAAUUUUCAAUGCUCUCGUCAAAAUGGACCGCACAAAAGAAAUUAAACCGGAUCCGGAGGUUGCAGAAGCCAACAAGCUAUGGAUAAUUCGAGUUAUCUUGGAGCUUGAAGAGAUGUUGACCGAUAAAUCCGUGUCCGCUAUAGUAAGAGAGAUGGUCAUUGAUAUCUUGUUGAAAAACCUCAUGCACAUGGAUGGAGGAAUCCCCCGCGGAUGGUCUUGGAAAUUCACCGAGGAAUCAGGUUUACUGCGUCUUUUGGAUGUGUCUUCACAAAUUCCUGAGCAAUGUGACUAUCCUGUUACGCACGAGACCAGACAGCAUGUGGCCAUAUGUCUUCAGCGUUUGGAUGAGGACAUGGUUUUCGAUUCGAAGAGAUUGAUCUAUAAGGAGAAAGUCGAUCACUUCUUCAAUAACCUCAUGGCAAGAGCGAGUGACGAUCCAGAAGGACACAAAUGCCGCAUAAAGCUUGCCUGCUUCCUCAUCACUAUGCUGCAGGGUCCUGUUGAUAUUGGAAUAAAUCUGGUCACAAACGAUCAAGUCACAGCUUUGAUGCUGCAAAUGGCCGCAUCAUCCAGCCUUUUAAUGCAGAGUGUUGCGGCCGAGCUAAUCGUGAUGACCGUGGUCAAACACGAGAGAGCUACCUCUAUCUUGAAGGUUGGCGUUCCUAUCUUGAGAAAAUUGUACGAAUCUGAAGAUGAAAAUGUCAAAGUGCGAGCACUUGUCGGUCUUUGCAAAUGUGCUGCUGCUGGUGGUGACGACGCUUCGAGAGCCACCAUGAAGGAAGGUGCUCCACAAAAACUUGCGUCAACUUGCAAGAAGUUCUUGUUAGACUACGAGAAGUAUAGCAUAGAUGUGAGAAGAUUUGCUUGUGAGGGACUGUCAUACCUCUCUCUAGAUGCCGAUGUCAAAGAAUGGAUUGUCUCUGACUCACUGCUCUUACGGGCUCUUUUCUGUUUGGCUCAAUCUGCGGGAGCACUUUGCGUGUUUACAUUGGCUAGUAUUUACGUUAAUCUAGCCAAUGCAUACGAGAAACCCAAUGUGGAUGAAGAAAUGGUGAAACUUGCACAGUUUGCGAAGCAUCAUGUGCCAGAAGUACAUCCUAAAGACACGGAUGAUUAUGUUGAGAAACGUAUUAGAUGCCUAGUAGAGGAGGGUGCGGUAGCUGCUUGCGUUGCUAUCAGCAAAACAGAAUCACAUAAAGCUCUCGAACUGCUUGCGCGCGCUAUGCUCGCCUUCGCAGAAUUCGAGGACCUACGCGGUCGUAUCAUCAGCGAAGGUGGCACGAAGCUGUGCCUUCGUUUGGCGAAGGAGGCGACGCCAGAAGGAAAGAUCAAAGCUGCACAUGCCAUCGCCAAACUUGGCACAAAAGCGGAUCCUCAAAUCGCUUUCCCAGGACAACGAGCUUACGAGGUGGUCAAACCAUUAUGCGAGCUGCUCCAUCCUGACAUUGAAGGCAGACCAAAUUAUGAUGCACUGCUUACUCUUACUAACCUUGCAAGCAUGAGUGAUUCUGUUCGACGACGUAUCUUGAAGGAAAGGGCGAUCCCGAAAAUAGAGGACUUUUGGUUCAUGACUGAACAUGAGCACUUACGCGCAGCUGCUGCGGAGUUGCUCCUUAACAUGCUUUUCUUGGAUGAAUUCUUCAAAGAUACAAUCAGGAAAGGCACGGACAGGCUGAAGCUCUGGGUUCUUUACGCGGCUGAAGAAAGUGAACGCCUCUCUCGGUGUGCUACUGCUGCUUUUGCCAUCUUGACAGAAGAUGUGGAUGCGAAUCGGCGGAUAUUGGAUGAGAUAAAAUCUUGGCCCGAGGUGUUCCAGGAAAUAGCUAUGCAUGAGGAUGUUGAGUCUCAAAGACGAGGCCUUAUCGGCAUUGCGAAUAUCAUGGAAAGUGAUGAGAAGCUAUGCGCAGAGAUUGUUGCGUCCGAGAUUUUCCGAGUCCUCGUGGCCAUAGCAAAACUUGGAGAGAAGAACGAGGCAAGAAAGGGCGCUACUGAACAGGCAAAAAGAGCAUUGGCUGCAGCUGAGAAAUUCGGCAUAAUCAAGCCGACGGACCGAGAGAUCUAUGAACGAACAAAGCAUGUGUCAACAAUUCCAGAGGAAUGAGAGACCUUUCGUUGACAUCAAUUCUCGAACGGGUGGGAUCGAAAUAGUCAAUUUAGUUAUUUCAUUAUCCAUUUGUUAUCGGAGAGCCUUGAGCGUGCCUUACUCUAGUUUUAUCUUGCUAACUAUGCAGUUGCUGAGAUCUAACAAAAUAUUAAUACUUUGAGAAAGUUCUCGAAAUUUUUAUAAUUACUUCACUAAUUGAUUGAGUUGAUAUAUUUACUAUUGCUCAAUUCGAUGUUCUUUACCAGUUGCAUCACCUUAUGAAGGUGUAGAAUAAAC